AGCAGCCUCAGACGAAUGCCAAGACCAGCCCACUUCAGGACGAGUCUUGAUCCAGGGCUCAGCUCUCACAUCAGCUGUCGGCCGGUUGUGCGAGGACAUGAGGGAGAGAGAGAAGGAUUUGUCAUUUCCAGACUCAGCUCAGUGUUUCGAACUUAAAAGUUCCCUCUGGUGGCCUUUGAGGAUAUAGCAAAGCGAGUGACUUGAGCAACAAAGACAGAAGUGAAUAUUUCAGUAUAAAUGAUCCUAAAACACAACAGUGUUGAAUCCUCUUAAGAGUUGUUUUAUGUGCUUUGUUGGAAUAUGGCAAUAAGAGGGACAACAGAGGAAAGUUGUUAAAGGAUCGCAAAAGAAGUGGGAAGAAUGGAAGCCUCAUACGCUGCUAGCGCCGCCGUCGCCCCAACACUGCCAGCGAUCACCUCGUCCCCAGGUUACCUGCUCAGAAUGUUUCGGGAGUAUCAAAGCAACGCCGUCAUCGUGGCCCAUUACAACUUCACCGGAAAGCUGAAAGAGAACAAAUACCGGGACGGACUGAAACCCGAGGCCAUUGUGUUUCUCAUCAUCUGUCUUCUCAUCGUGGUGGAAAAUGCCAUUGUUUUGGUGGCAAUAUGGAAGAACAAAAAAUUCCACAUGCCUAUGUACUACCUGCUGGGCAGCUUGACGCUCUCUGACUUGCUGGCGGGCUUCACCUACAUGGUGAACAUCCUGACUUCGGGCGCAAACACUCUCAAAAUGACUCCAGUGCUGUGGUUUCUUCGAGAAGGCGGUGUGUUCAUCACACUUUCUGCAUCUGUCAUCAGUCUCCUCGCUAUAGCUAUUGAGCGGCAUGUCACGAUGGUCCGGAUGAAGCCGUAUCAAGGGGCAAAGCGUGGCCGAAUGUUCGGUUUGAUUGUUGCGAGUUGGGUUCUUUCGGUGCUCCUCGGCAUUCUCCCAAUCAUGGGCUGGAAUUGCAUAGGAAACCUGACCGAAUGCUCCACCGUCUUGCCUCUUUACUCCAAGAGCUUCAUCCUCUUCUGCAUUACCGUGUUCAGCUUGGUUCUGAUGUCCAUCGUGGUGCUGUACGUGCGCAUCUUCCGCAUAGUCAAGUCCAACACCCAGCGGCCAGGCUGCAGCCCUCAGCGCAAAGGUCUGGCCAGGAAGUCCCAGAAGUAUCUGGCUCUGCUGAAGACGGUCACCAUCGUUCUCGGGGUCUUCAUCGCCUGCUGGUCGCCUCUCUUUGUGCUCCUUCUGCUGGACUUCGGCUGCCCCGCUCAAAGCUGCGAGGUGCUGUUCAAGGCAGACUACUUCUUGGGUAUCGCCAUGAUUAACUCGCUCCUAAACCCCAUCAUUUACACCCUAACUAGUAAAGACAUGCGGAGAGCCAUUCUGAGACUGGUCUGCAGCUACUGUCUGAUAUCAAAAGAUGGAGAGGUGAAGAAGUUUGGCAUGUCUUUCCUGGACUGUAGCACCAGUAAGGCUGAGGUGCCGUCACAAAGGCUGGAGAACCUGGAGACGACGGUCUCCUCGGGGCACUUCACACAAGCCACAAUUAAAGCUAUCUACCCGAGGAUAUUGAAGAGCUGAGAAUGCAUCAAGUACAAGCUGACAAUGCAAGUCUUAACGGACAGUUCAGCUUCUCCUGGGUCAGGUGGAAUAUUUAUAAAACCGCCAAAUGGACAAGUAUGAGGAGCUUGGAAAUGAAUCCAGGAGACGUUGGAUGAGAUGGAACUCAUAAAUGUUGUUUUGGACUUUAGAGCCGAAGACUUGGUUUCCUCCACAUGCAUUGAAGCAGACCACGAGGCUACCAGAGAACAUGAUAGACCAGACAACAGGAUCGUCUCUUUAUUUUACUGUGAUAAAAACCAGUGUUUAAAAUGGAUUGUCUGACGGUCAGGCUUGCAAGAGCUAUGGUGGCUUUUAAAAAAUAGGAUUUUAAGCAGCAAAAAACAAGCAGUUUUGCAGCUGAAGUGAGCAAGUGUAAUGGAUUGUGCAAAUAUGCUUUGAAAAGAACUCUUAUGAUGUUAUACGAGACUCGUAUAAACAUUUUUUUCAGAAUUUGUGGUUAAAAAAAAGACAAAGAAAAUGACAGGUUGAUGCCUCCACACACAAGCAUGCUAGUCCUCAGGCAUUUUAAGAGCUCAUGUGCAUGCAAAUAAAAACUACAAGGCAAGUGACUAUUUUUAAUUUGUAAGAUGUUUCCUCUUAUAUUGGUAUUUCGGGAAGUACUGUUUUCAUGUUUAAGCUCCCCUUAACCAUUUAACCAAGUAUGCUAUACUUGUCUUUAUUUGCUUAUUCAGUAAAUAUAGUUUCAACUGACAUAAGGUGGCACAAGCUAUAUAUUGUACAUUUUAUAAAUAUUGUAACAGUUUUUAUGUUGUUGUACGGAGUGGCAUCAUUUAUCUGUAGCAGUCUGCAGUGAUGAAAACAGCACUGACAUUCAAGCAAUAUUGCAUUUCUGUAAAACUGUGUACGGAAAAAGAUGCAUUUGUAUGUGUUUACAUGUAUUUCGUUGAUCCUAAAUUAUGAGCCUUAAAAACAAAUCUUUUAUUAAGUGCAUUAAUUAAAAGUGUUUGCUAUUUGUUUA